UAAACAUUCAAAAGAUUUGUUUAGACAUGGAAGCAAAAAUCCAAAACAUUUAAAAUCAUUUACUCAUUUGAUGUGACAGUAACGCAUCUCAUGUUUUCAUCGCAGAAACAUGUCUGGAACAGAAGUGGAGCCUAGAUCAGGUAACACAUCACAUGACAGCCGUGAUUCAGGUGGCAGUGGGCCAGGUGGCCAGAGGAGCAUGCUGGAGCUCCUCAGUAUAACAGACGCUGCUGCUAAGGCUGUGAACAAGUCCAGCCACUCUGCUAGCAGUCAUGGUUCGCUUCAGUCCCAGCAUACAGACCCGCUGGCUCAAUCCAGUCAUUCUGCUCACAGUCAGGGCUCUAAGAGAUCACAGCAGGAGGACCCUUUGACCUUCUCACAGCAGCUUAGUGAUAGGUCAGAGAAAUCACUGGGUUCUGUCAGGUCAGGAGUCACUGGUGCCUCAGCAAGGUCUCAUGUGAGUGAGGUAUCGGUGAGGUCACAUGUCAGUGCGGCUUCAGGGACGUCAUCAAGGUCACAUGUCAGCGCGGCCUCGGGGGCUUCCACCCACAGUGCUCGGUCUGCAUUGUCCCAGGCUAGCAGGCAGUCUGCUUGCAAGCCUGUCCAAGAUCUGAGCCAUGACAGUGGUGUAAUUAGUAAGACCCAGACAGCAAGUGACAUUAAGACAAGAGGGGCAACUCUUACUGGUCCACAAAUGGGAGACUACUCACAUGAUAGAAGUUCUGAUGAGAGCACGACAGCAAGCGAUAUAUUGAUAAAAUCCACCCAUGAGAAAAGUGAACAUAACAUUAUUGUAAAUGGGGCUAAACAGCCUGAGAAUAAUGGGCAUUCUAGUAGCUCUUCAUCAAAAUGCUCUAAGACUUCAUAUGGGGUAGAGAAUUUUAACUCUAGUGGGCCUCAAAAAGUGAAAAUAUCGAAAAAGCAUUUAAAAGAAAUCAAGUCACCUUAUAAUGAUGAUGAUGAUAGUCCAAGAACGUCUGUCUCAAGUGAUGGUAAAGUUCCUUCAUCUCUAUUAAGAUGCAAACUUAGUGGGAAACCAACUGGUGCUUCAAAUGUUCGAAAUUCUGCGGAUAAAGAAGGUGUAAUCAGCUCCAAUGACUCAAAUGGUGAGAAAACGGUUAGUGCUGGAAAGAUGUUUCCGAGAGGGAUGGAUAGUCAGUAUGGUAACCAAUUUAAAAUCGAAAAAGUGAAAAAGUCUGCCGAAAAACCUUUCGAAGAUGUAAACAUUGCCAAAUCCAAACCUAAGGUUGAGUUUGAUAAGAAAUCUCAGUCAAGUACUGCCAGCUCAAAGAGUGCUACUAGUGAUAACAAAUUGCCAUCAAAAUCUCAGGUGCCCUCUACAAGUAAUGGGGAAGUUGAUAUGAUAGAAUCGGAUAUCCAGUUUGUAAGUACACCAAAGUACCGUGUUGAGCGACAUACGCCUCAGAAAACACAGCCAAGGAAAGAGGACUUGCCAGUUGGUCCACAGAUUCCAGAGAAGAAAAACCUGCUCCAUGAUCUAGAAGACAGCAUUGAGAUUAUUACUACUCAUGCCCCGGAUAUGAGCAGUGGAAGCAGCCAGCCAGAGAUUGUAACAGUUCCGGAGAGGAUUGUCACGGUGUCUGCAACCAACUUUGUAUCCCCAUCCUCCGUCAUCAGUGACCCUGUUACCAAGACAACGACCCCACCGGUGACAUACCAUAGCACGGGUUACAGGCUUAGGGAUGAUAAAGGGUCAAGUGGUGCAGAGAAGACCCUAGAUGACAGUGUUAUUCCCCCUGCUCUGUCACGGAACCUGUUAGAUGGUGGUGACAGCGACUACAACAGUAAUGCUGAUGAUGAUAUGAAAACUACAGCAGCUGCAUUUCAUUCGAAGCAGGCGUAUGGCCGAGGCCUGCGGCAGGGAGGAAUGGUUGACGGUCCGGAGGCCCCAGACGCUCAUAAGGUCAAGGACGUCUUCAUCUCCGAUUUCAAGAUGAAUGACAAACAGAGGAUGGCAAAAGAAGCCUUUGCCAAGAGUCAGCGAAGUUUUGGUCCAGAGUCGAUAAGGCAAUUUGGACCAGUAAGGCGGGUAAUCCAGCCGCAUAUUGUCGGACAUGACAGUAAAGCUAGUUCCACCUCCUCAACUGGAGAGCUGAAACCACGGCAACCAGACCAGGGUGGUUCCAAUUUAGACCAGGUGCUUACUACCGCUGCUGCUGCAAGUGCUGCUGUCGCUGCCACUCAGCCUUUCAUCAAGGCUCAGGUGGACUUGGAGUUAAAAAUGGCACAGGUGUUGGACAAGAUGGAGGAAAUAUCUGGUGGGAAGACUCGCAAAACAGAUGGUCAGACAGAUGAGCGCGUACACACGCUUGAACGUCAGCUGGCAGAAAUGACAGAGCGUAGGAUCGAGUACAUGGAAAGACUGCAGGAGCAGCAAAUGGCCAUGCAGGCAAAAAUGCUAGGCAUGAGCAGGGAACCAAACACUAAGCCCUACCAUCCCCGGUCCUACAGUCCAGAGUCCAACCUACAGGUGCCCACUAAUAGGGCAUUCUCCAAAACAACCGUUACCAGGCAACAACCACACAAGGGAGACUACUCCAGACAAACUGUCCUUGAUCUAGAUGAGAGUUCAUCACCCCUGGAUACUCCUGCACCAAGGGCUCGUGCACCAAGGCCCACCAUUUACGAUACUUCUGACAUGGAGAUUCGAGCUGCAAGAGCAAGGUCACCAAAGGCAAAAUCACCACACAGGGCAAGGUCACCGAAGACUAGAUCUUCUCCAAAACCAAGGUCAAGGUCACCUGCCAAGGAGAAGCAAGACUGCCGACUCCUUCAUCAUAUUCUGGCCUCGGACAUCUCACCGAGACAUAGGGCUCCUGAACCCGAACUGCCCAAACCAUUCUUUAGAGACAGGGAGAGGGAGCUGGUGGAGUCCCCGAAUGUGCGGAAGGCGCGUGGGUUGAUUGACGACCUGAGCCACAUCAAAGAUCAAGUGCGAGGACUGGUCGAGGAUAAGGAGAACUACGCCGCGCGGACAGAGAAUGCCAGGAGGGAGAAUAAUCUAGAUGAGACGAAGGCAAGCAUCGGUAGCCUGCAGGGGCCCUCGCCGCUAGACAGCUACCUGUACGUGGGAGAUCAGAAGGCGACGUCCCCGUAUAAGACCGUCCCUGACAUGUCUUUCAGCCAGUUUAACGCCCCCGUCUUGCCUGGCUUUAAAGAAGCAGAGAAUAUUCUCAAACAGGUCCAGCAGAACCGUGGUUACCUGGAGGCUAACAUGGAGUCAGUGAUGCGUGCCCGACAGGAAGUUGAGGUCUACAGUCUUCUAGAGGCUGUCUACAAUGAUAGUACGGACCAUGAGAAGGCUCGUAUCAAGAAGCUGGUGGACAAAAGCAUCCAGAGACUGCGGAGAGAAGUGGAGCGAGAGGUAACAGAUGAUGUUGUUAUUUCUGAGAUAAAGAAAAAAUCAUCCAACAUCGUUCCUGGGGCGGUCAAAAUGCCUGAUCCUGUGCCAGUCCACAAGUCGGGCACAAGAUAUGGGCUUCGUAGAGGGCUUGCCCAACCCAAGGAAGAGCCAAAACCAGAGACCAAGAAGCCCACAGCAGCUAAGAAGCCCAGAAUUGGUUUUGGGUCAAGGGAGCCUGCACACCAGAGACUUUCAAAACCUGUCCAUAAGGGCAAGUCAGUGUUUGUUGAUGAGGAGAUGAUGACGCGGGUGUACGGGAAAGCCACGUACCAGAAAGGACGUACAACUGUAAAGGAUCCAUAUCUUCAUUUCCAGAACACGGCAAAACAGCGACCAGCCCGUAACCCGCCUCCUAUACAAACACAACACGGCGUUGAGAAAAUGUCAUCAAAGACCCAGACGGGCGAGGGUGGGGUCCGCCAGUUCUAUUUCAACCCUGCAACAGGCUCAUACAUUCCUAUUGCCUCCACCUCACAACCAGCCCCUAUCCCUGGUCAACUGAUCCCCAUGGCCGUGCCUCUUGGUGGCCCCAGAAUGGACCCUGGGCUCACAGCUGAUGCCUCCACGACUAACACACCCAUGACCUUUAACUCUAGCAAGGUCAGCCAGGUCACAGCGGCAGGGAAUGUUGCCAUGGUAACCAUAGGGGUAGAGGAUGGAAAGUCAAGAAAAAUGGCGCCCGAACUAGGAAAGCAGGUCCUGCCAGCUGUUGACAUUGACACAGACAUCUCUGAGACCUCCGUGAGCACAGAGUAUGAGCCAAUGCCCGUAAUGGAAGCUGCCCAGAGCCCCGAGAGGAAGCCACAAACCCCAGAGCGCAAGCCCAAGAAGCAUGUGCAGAUUGUGUCCCCUAGGGGCUCCCCUGGGAAGUCACCUGCUAAAUCACACUUUGAGGUCAUCUACCAUGAGGAUGACACAUUUGAAGAUGAGGAGGAUGAUGUAGAGACAGCUCCUGGUCUCCAGCUUCCCGGGUACCAGCCUGAGGAAGAACCGGAUGUCCCAUACAAUGGGCCUGCCUUCCCGCCAAAACUUCCCUCCAAUGAGCGCCAGCUGACGUCUGACUUGAUCGCAGAUGACAUCAGGAGGCGAGAUCUGCUUCAGAACCAGGCCAAUGAAUGGUUGGAGCAGGAGUUAAUGGCUCGGAUCAUCAGCGAGGUUUACCCCUUGAGGGACGCGGAGGAGCCACCGGCAGAACUGAGCCAUGUCGUGUCCGAGGGAUCUGAGGACAGCAUGGCCGAGGAGAGAGAGAAAUCCAUGUUUGUGAUGGAGAGCAUCGGCCACCGCGGGAUGCAGUUAUUUGUGGACACCGGAGUUCCAGUUGAUAACUGUGUGGUGGACCGAUUGGUCAAUGAGGUCCUUCAGGAAAAGAUUCGCAACAUGUUAGGGGAGAGGCCACCCGUAGCUGGACAGGGUCAUGAGGUCAAGGUCACCACCCAGGGGCAGGGGCCACAGUGGGAGGAAUUGCAGGAUGAGUUGGACACAGAACAGGUGCAGCCCCAGACCCGGCAGGUUGUCACCCCAGAGCCGACGCCCCAAGCCACGCCCCGUAUCUUGUCCCCAGGGCCAAUGUCCCCUGCAUACACCCCAAUCCCGUCUCCACCCCCAGAGCGCUCCCCCAGGGUGGUGGAGAGGGUGGAGCCUGAGUUUACAGCCCCUAUUGCCCCACCCCCUAUUAUGCAGCAGCCUUUGAUGGAGCCUGAGUCAGAACCGGAGAGCUCAGCCUCCUACGAUAUACAGGAGGAACUGAACAGGCUGGCAGAUAAGCUCCAGCCAUAUGUUGACCCAGCGAGUAGUGUUAGGUCUCGCCAUGAGGUGACCACACCCCCGGGCUCUCCAAAGCCUGAACUUCACCCCCAGGAGCCCACAAGACCCUUGACCCCACCUGACUUCUCUCCCAGACUGAUAUCAGAGGAACCAAUCAUUAUCCAGUCUACGGCCCAAGCAGGCACCAGUCUGGACCGCUCCUCAUCACGCCUGACCAAGGUGGGAAGCCCGAAGUCGGGAACGUCCCCACAGGUGACAGAACUGGCCGAGGAGGAACUUGCGGAGGAUCAGCCUAAAGCUGUUGUAUUCACUGUUGCGGAGACACAAACAGACAAGUCAUCAGAGCCUCGCCCACCACGUACCCCCUCCCCAGCAAAAACCCGUUCCCGGACCCCAUCAGAGUCGAGCUACACGGGAUCUUCCUCCUCAAUCUCCGACACUUUCAACGAGUGCGUCUCUGAGGGACAAUGGCUCAUCAAUAAGAGUGAUGGGGAGAUGCCAGACUUUCCCAUUAAUCAAGCUGCAGUACGUGAGAGAAUGUUGCGGCAGUCUCAGCGGAGGGUGGACAUCAGCUCAGCCAGCACAUGGAAGGACAUUGAUGAUGUAGACCUUGAGGAUAUGAAUGAGAUGUCACGCAGCGAAGGAGAGUUUCUAUACAAGGCAGAUUUUCCACCAGAGAAGGACCCUGUUCUGGACCUGUUAGCCAGGUUACAGAGUGCAGCGCCUCAGUAUGGCAUGUAUAACAUGUCAAAUAGACAGGUGACAGAUGUGUUGAGUACCACAGGCAAAAGCGAGGGAGAAGUGAUCCGCGUAUCAGCAGCACCCCGUCACUUUGAGGAGGACCAGAUCUACCCCGAGCGGGACGAAUCACCCGCAAGGUCCAAACCUAAACGAAGCAAGUCACCAAAACCCACCAAAUCUCAGCGCACUAGAUCUCCACAAGGAGGCGCCACCUACAGCCAGCGGGAGGAGUCGCCCUCGCCCCACCGAGGCACGCAGUCCCGCCCCCACCACAAACGAGCACCCUCCCCCUCAUUUCGUGCACAGUCACCCACACGAGUUUCAUUCGAAGAUGAUAUGCAGCAGCCCCCUCGCUCCAACAGCCCCACUAGGGGAAUAUUGAAGCGAAGCUCUACAUUUGAGCCCCAAGGGUCACUACGGGACUCUGGGCGCUCCCUGGGCUCCUCUGGGGGUCGUCUUACCCCCGGGGCCCGACAGCCCCAGGCCAAGGGCAUGAUGAUGGCAGGGGGCAGGACAACAUCCCCAUCCAAAGGUCCAAAGCACCGCCCUCCCCAAGUUGGCAGAUCAUCUGAACUGCGAGGAUCAGGUGGAAGAGUUCGCACCAGCGGUGAGGAGCUAAAAGACUCCCUCGAAAACACAGGAGGCAGCAGUUAUUACAACAGAAACAUGACUCCUGACCAGAUGAACAUGGACGCUCUCAUCCAAUCAGGAUACUUGUCACAAAGCUUCAGCCAAUCAGAAGGUGGGAGACAAACAGCCUCACUCAGAAACUCAGCUGAUGUCAGAGGAAGUCGCACUUCAGCUAAUGGCCAGAGCAGCCUGGGAUAUUCGUAUGGCACGGAGAGCUCCAUGUCAAUGUCGGAGAUCCAGCGCCUGGCAACAGGGGGAACAGGAAAACUACAGAUGUCAUUGACCUUACCCACUGGCCAGGAAGAAAGCGACCUUUCAGAGAUCGACAUCACUGAUGGGGGUAGCAGGAAAUAGUGGCCAACAUAGGAAAAGGGGACCAACAAAGGGAAAUAGGGGCCAAUGUAGGGAAACAAGGACCAACAUAGGAAAAUAGGGGCCAACAUAGAAAAAUAGGGGCCAACUUAGGGACCCCUCAUAGUUAUUUACAUUAAAACAUAAAACAUCAUAUCCAAAACCUCACAACACAGCAUAGAUGUAUUUGGAAUUGUAACCAGCAUGAUUAUGUACAAUUAAAUUUUUAAACAAGAUUUGCAACUAUUUUAUCAGAGUCAGGCUUACAGUUACCAGCUUAUGCUUACCAAUAUGUUGACCUCUGAUUUUGUUUCAAGCACUGGUAACUUAAGCUGGGAAAUAUAAAUUUUGGGCAGACUCAUCUGUCAGGUUGACCCUUAUUCAUAUCUCCUCCUAAAAUAUUGGAUGCAGGAUUUGGUCGAUGUCUAGUUUUUGUACUGAUAGGAAUAUAAAAGAAUGAUAAAAUAACAUUUGUCAAUUACACUGGAAUUUUAUUUAAGAGGAGGUUUUACAUACAUAUUGUAUUAUAAAAAGGUCACUUGAUGUAAAAAAAAUCAGUGUACUCUUUUGUAAAUAGACAAAUAUUGUUUUGAUCAAAAUGUAAAAAAACACACACAGAAAAUAAAUGCAUGUUUGUUUAUGGGAUAUGAAAAUCUGCUUGCUUUAGGUAAAUUGUUUGUUUACAUUCCUGACAAUUUGUACAAUGUAUGUGCUUAUAAAAAUAUUAUGUGUAUUUAAUAUGAAUUGUAUAUUUAUUUUAUUUAUAAUUGUGUGACUUACAUGUGAACAUGUACAGUGUAGUUGAAAAUCUCAUAUUUUGGACCGUCCAUGAAUUUACAUGAAUUGUGUUGUUGUUGUUUUCGCAAGCAGAUCUGCUAGUUAUGAUAUAUAUAAUCCAUUAUAAAAUUUCUGUGCCUUAUACAGCACUGUCAGUAGCUUUAGAUUUCAAGAAAAUAGGUUAUAAAAGGGACUCGCUCACAGAUUUAAUUUUGUUAAAAAAAAGAAUCAAUUUAACUAAAAUUACUUUUCUGAAAAAAUACCAACACAUACUUUAAUGAGCAAAUACCAAACCAUCACUGGCAGAUGAUCAUUUGAAACAGAAUUUUAAAAAUCCAAGCUUCAAAUAAUACAUUUGUAUUACUUAAAGGUUUUUGGCAAAAAAGAGCAUUUUUCUGUCACAUUUUCAAUUACUAUUGACAGUUGAGCUCUUAUUUGAAGUUCUGUUGAUGUUUUAUCACAUUUCACAUGAAAUUAUUGUUUUCGACGUCUGCCUUUGAAACAUAAACGAGAUCCUUUUAGAACAGUAGUUUCGUUGACAAGUUUUACUUUGCCUAUCAUCUUUGUAAGAUGAGCGUUGGCUAUUGGCAUGUCAUAAAUGGAUUGAGUCUUCUAAUAGCAAUGAUGUUAUGCUUUCCCUUUUAAAAUCGUCAAAUAACUUCAAUACAACAGUAAAUGCAUGUUGUUAAAAAGAAGAUAAAUGCUUUUUAUCACAAAUGAUUUAAGUGUAUUUUAAUACAAGCACUAACUGUUUUCUUAUAUUACACAAGUGUAAUUCAGUUUGAUAUUGACAUAAUUUCUCAAAAUUCAGUUUCAAACUUUAAAUGGAAAAAUAAAUGAUCUAUUUGAAUCUUUAUUUAUGGCAAUGAAUGUGUCAGAAGCUUAAGGCUCCCUUAAAUCCAUUCUUAAACUUGUUUCGUAAUAUUUCGUUUUAAAUGGCAUCUUGUGUAAGAUCCUUAGAUAUGUACAAGAACUUGUAUUUUUGUUGUUGUUUCGGACAAAAACUACAUUGUAAGUUCAAUGUGCUGACUAGUUCUUUAAGUGAACUUAUACUUAAACUAUGUAUGUCUAUAUCAAAUACCUGCUGCUUGCAUUGCGCAGAGUCAUUACCUAAUAAGAACAUUAUAAGUUUAACUGAUUAAAGAAUUCCGGGAUUAAUCAAUUGUUAUAAGAGUUUAUGUAAUAUCGCUGACCUUUCAUUAAAUAAAAGACUGAAAGUUUGGGAAUUAUUGGCUUGAUCCAGUUUAUGGUGGAAUAACGAAACCGGGAAAAAUGUCAACUAUCUUUAAACCUUUAAUUGGCCUGUAUUUAUGUUUUAUGAUUACAUUUAGCUGUGAUAUUAGUGUUGUACAGUGGAUCUCCUGGAUAAGGAAAGUUCACAAUUGUACAUGUACAAUGUAGAUAUUUGCGUAAUUUGAAUCUAUAUAUUUAUUUGUAAAUCUUGGUAAUGAAUUUACUAUGAAUUUAUAAAAUAUAUCUGAAGAAAAGAAACAAAAUAAGAACCUUCAUGUAUAUGUACUUUCUAAUGUGACUUUAAAGAAAAUGAAAUUGGACAAUAUGUACAAGUUAUUUUUUAUGUUUGAUGUAUAUCUUUGGAGUUUCUGCAAAACUUAGAUUUAGAAUUAAAAAAAUAGUUCA